AUGCCUAGCUUUCUUGCGCGAUUCUUGGGUCUUUCCUUCAGAACCGAACGUUUGAUAAUGAAUAUCAUAGGAUUAAUUAACAGCACGCUCGAUUGGAGCCCUCUUAAAUGGACGAACGAACUCGAACAAAUACAAAAUAUAUCUCUGUCGUAUAGCACGCUUAUACUUAGCACUAUUGGCGAGGACACGAUCAAAAGUGUUUUAUCAUGGAUCGUAAUCAUACGAAUAAUUAUCGCCCACAUCUACACGUUCACCUACUUAACGAAUAUUUAUCCAAUAAUCACGUGGAGCAGACCUUGUUUAUUAUUACCAUGGUUGAUCCUUAGUUUUUUCAAAAAUGUAGUACUAGAGGUGAUCGUACUUGCUGUUUGUCUUUUGUAUUGGUACGACAAGAGAUUCUCUCUCGCCAUAUUCUUGGAGUUCAUAAUCGUUAAACUUGUACCUUUAAUUCUCGCCUCGUAUAAUUGGUAUUCCAAUUCGCGUCUCUUCUUAGAACUGCGAUACGCGGAGAAAUUAAGGAAGUUAAAAAGGACCUUAAAAAGUGACACAAACUUCGUUACCAAUCGCCUAUGCAUGAAAAUCGCCGAUUCGAAAUACAGAACCAGAUCGUUGACCACCUUGCUAUCGUACGAAAGUUACGAAACUUUUAAUUCGCAGGAUACUAUUUCACGGAUCCUCGAUGAUAACGAUUUAACACCAGCAGAGAAAACGAUAAUGAUCCUUGGUAUCACUGAACAAGACAUUAUCGAUGCCCGUACUGGUAAAAAGGAAAGAGAAGAUUAUAGAAGGCUGACCGAAGUGGACGAUGAACUUUUCAGAGCAAGAAAAUUCCCGUUCAAAAAAUUUUAUAUGUUAACCAAGGAUCAUGAAGAUCAGGAGUCUAUCUUCAGGCCAAAUAAUGAGGAGCUGGUGGAAGAUUCACUUGUGGUAUUAAGUUAUUGAAUUAU